CUCUCGCGCCGCCAUCCUCUCAGCUCAGUGUUGGCUGCAGCAGCCAAUCAAGCCCGUCUCCGUCUCCGUCUCCGUCUCCGUCGUCCGAGUCUUUGCCACCCAAGUGCUGUCGGUCUUGGAAUGAGAAUGCCGUUGCGAGUCGUACCACCUGAAUUCUGAGGCACCAACUUUGCGCCGUGCUGUAAGACCGAGGUAAACCUCCGGCAUAGCAACGUGAUGAGACGACAUGACCCGACACAGCAUCGACGACACGACUGUAAUAAUACACCCCCAAAUUUGCUUGUACAUUUUCUGUCGGGUGCAAAACGUGAGUGGCAUUGUGCUUCCAUACUCGCGUGAUUUGCAUCUUCCAUCAUGGCCCAAAAGUAUACCGACAUCGUUGUAACCGUUGCCGACGGAAUUGGUACAAUCAAAUUCAACCGUCCAAAGCAGCUAAAUUCCUUUGGGGGCUCGCUCGUGGAAGACACAAUUGCAGCUUUGCGAGAAUUAGAUGCCCAUCCCGACACCACCUUUACCGUCAUCACCGGCGAAGGUCGCUUUUUCGCAGCAGGUGCAGAUGUUACUGCCGUUGCCGCCACGCCUAACGACUUCAAGAACGAUGGCCAGAGGAAGGUCUUCUGGGCACAAAGACUCGCGGUCGGAAUGGAGCUUGUGCGCUCAAUGAUUGACCAUUCCAAAGUCCUGGUCCUCGCCAUGAACGGCCCUGGCGUGGGUGCCGGAGCCGCCUGGUUUCAAGGUUCCAGCGAUCUUUUCUAUGCCGCCGAGGAUGCCUGGGUGCAAGUGACCUUCUCGCAAAUGGGUCUGGUCCCAGAAAAUGGAGCUGCCGCCAGCUGGGCGCAGUCGAUGGGUGUGCAUCGGGCGAAUGACUGGUUACUGUUCGGUGGCAAGGCGACCUCGCAGGAAUUGAAAGAAAUGGGUCUGGUGAACAACAUCUUCCCCACGAAAACAUUCCACGCUGAUGUACAUAAUUAUCUCAAGGACAUGCUCAAGGAACGGAGUGGGAAAUCGAUGAUGGAGAUGAAGCGACUACAGAACAAGGGCACCCGUGACGCCAGGAUUCUCAGCUUGUUCGAGAGUUGGCAAGCGCUUAGUGAGAGGUUUGUAGACGGCGAACCCAUGCUGAGAAUGAAGGCCAAGAUGAACGAACUCGCCGCGAAGCGAAAGGCUCGGGAAUCCAAAAUGUAGAAAAUAUAUCGAUGCUGCUCUUG